UGAGCAGCGGCCGCAGUUGUGAGUACGGGCGGGCCCGGGGAACCGGCUCGCAGGGACACCCCGCCAGGUGGAGGAAUGAGCCUCUUUGGAGGUUUCUUCUGCCCCUUGAUGUGAAUUUGCAGCCCUAGUUAGUUGGGGCAGGUAACCGUUAAGUGCCUGUUUGUGUGUUCAGCAGUUCCACGUUUGUGGGACUUGCUGAAAAUUCCCUCUGAAUUUGCCUUUACUUCUUACAUAGAAGCAAAAUGAGGCUGUAGAUCAUGGAAUUAUGACAGAAGUGUUGAGAGAUUCAAAGCACAGAGCAGACAAAGUGGUGUCCAGGAGCUGCUGCUGUUCCUCAUUUGCAUUGUCAGUAGUGUUGGGAGGUUUAAAGUGCUCCAAAAGUCUUAUUUCUCUGCUUUAAUUAUGUUCAAACACAAAAUAUUUCUUUUUCCUCUUCGUUUAAGCAAAACUGUUUUCUGUCAGAUUGUUGCCUGUCAGUGCUAGUCCAUCUCAACUCUCGUGUCUGAUUCCAAAGCAUCCAAUUCCAUUUUGCUCCUAAGCCAUCCAGUGACAGCUUCUAUUAGGAGCCAUGUGAUAUACUUCCCAUAUUUUAAUUUUCAAUACCUUUAAAACAAAAGUGUUGCAGAAUUUCCUGCCCACUGCAUUGAUACCUCAUGUAAAAAUCUCCGUUUUCACACAUUGUGACCAGAAAUGAGGCAUUGUACCAAAAUACUAGGUGUGGGAAUUAAUUCCAAGGUCACAGCAAGGAAAGCUCUGUGUGCCUGAUUCCUUUGUGUGUUGGGCAGACAACACAGUAGUGGGGUGUUUGUGUCAGUCCCCAGAGGAAUGGGAUCCCCAGCAGCAACUGCCCAACUUUGGGAGUGAAGAGCAUUCCUGUGACUUCCCACUUGAUGGGAAAAGGCAAAGGUUGGCUGACUCCUGAGCAGACACAGUGGUGGGAUGCAGGGACUGAGCUCUCCCAGGCACUGCUCCAAGCUGAAUCAGGAGCCCGAAAAGACAGAAAAAAUGCUGGUUUCAAAACUACCUGACAGAAAGAAGAACACAGCACUGAUGUCAUUGAGAUGGGACUGGGAACUACUCCCGUGUGUGUAUUCCCAAGGCAUUUAUUGACAUAGGAAGUCGAUGGGAUGGAGCUGGUGCUCAUGGUGACUCCAGGUGGAGUUGGCAGCUCUGCCUUUUAAUUGCUCUGGAUUUGCUGUCAGGAAACAACUUCCAAUGAUUUAGUCUCUUCUUUCCAGUGAGGGCAGCUCUGUUUGCCCACACAUGUCUCUGCAGUGCUUUGGGCAGUAGAUUGUUCUGCUCAGAGUCCAGGAAUUUUUGCAGAAGAGCCUGCUUUGGGCAAACUCCCUUGGAGUGGGAAAGGUUUUGUCUUGCCAUGGACUCAAAAAAUCUUGGCAUUUGGAGCAGUCACAACUGACUUAUGUUUUGACAAGAUCUGUCUGUCUCUUGGUGAGUUCUUCCCUUCACCUGCAAGAAAUCUCUGUUUCCUCUCCAGAUAUCCCUGGUGCUGUUUCCAUAUGUUCCUCCUUGGUUUUGAAGCCUUUUCCUUCCCAGACUUAGACUUCUGUUCUCAAAAAUGUUUAUAACUCAGUAGCCUUUGAGGGUUUUCCAUCUCUUUGAGGAUGAACCACCUCUGUGGUCUGUAUCUGCCUCAAAAAUGCUGGGCAGCUGUGAUGGAGGCACAGGAGCCACCUGUUCCACAAGAUAAAUGCAUUCUGCUUCUAAAUUCCUUUGUUGUGUCUGAAGUAAUUUCUGCUUCCAUCUUGCUGUGCAGCUAUUCUCCCUGUAUUUUCCUGAAGUGUUCCUGAAAUUCAUAGUUCAUAUCGCUCAGGAAGGAUAUAAAUGUAACAGGGAGAUGGGAAAGGGAAAAAUAAGGCUUCUCUGGGAAAUCGGGAGGUAGUGGCUUCUGUUUCAUAAUGAAAGGUCCCAUAAGGGGAAGAAUAGGUAAUGUGAGGUGUUUCCUUGGGUCUUUUAACUUAUUUUUAAUCUGAAAAAAAUGUCAUUUCUUGCUACUCUGGGGUGUAGAAGUUGGACACUAUUUUCAGAUAGUCUGAAGUGGUCUGAAAUAGAAACUUACGUAGGUCAGUAGGAAGCUCCUGAAGAUUAGCUCAGGUGUUUCCCCGGAGUUAAUCUGCUUCAGCCCUGGGUGUAGAGUUCACUGAUGCUCGUGAAUUAAAGUACCUCUGCUUGUUCACUUACACUGCCUUUCAUUUUUCUCUCUUUUCCCUUUUCUUUGUUAAGCAUUACAGGCUGUAUGUACCGAGUCAUUCAGACAACGGGACCAGAUGGAAAAAACCUUCUGAAAUUGCUUCCCAUUUCUAAAACUUCUGGAAGCUUUAUGCCAAUUGUUCAGUCUCCAGCCAUGCCAAAUAAUUCUAAUGCAAAUGUUUCUAGCCCAGUCCAUCUUACUCUUAAGACACACCUUGGCAAUACUACUGCACCUUCAUCUGUUAAGAUACCUAUUUUUCAGCCUCCUAAUCCUGGAAGAAUUAUUCUUACGAGAACAUUAGACAAGCAGGAAAGUGCUAGGGCAGGUUCUGAAAAGGAAAGCUUGAUUUCAAGUGCAGCUGCCAAUGCCCAGAGCAGCUGUGUGCCCAUGGAUGGAGUGUCCUUGCAGAACAUCGCCAUCACGAGCUCCUCUCACCAGAGCAGCACAACCUACAUGAUGGUGAACACCAAACCAGUGACUGUCAAGUCUCCAGUGCUGCCCUCUGGACACCACCUCCAGAUUCCAGCUGAUGCAGAAGUGAAAUCUGUCCCAGCGUCUCUUUUGCCACCUGCAAUACAGCAAAAAAUCCUGGCAGCUGCAGCCACCAAUGUGUCUGGAGGGGCCGACAGUACAAAAACGCCGACGGUGAUUUACGUGUCACCUGUGAACACAGUGAAAACUUCCCAAGUCCUGCCCAAGCGCUUGCAGAGCUUUUGCCCCAAACCUGCCCCCGAAGUUUCAAAGACGCUGAUUGUGACAGCUGCCCAAAAGGGGUCUGGUUCUUCUCCUGAGCCAGUCACAUCCGAGGGACAGCAGUGCCAGCAAACUCCUAUGAAAUGGAUCGUGCAAGAAACUGCCCCGCUCUCAGCAGCUUGUCUUAUCCCUGUAAAGUCUUCGAAUAAUGUGGCUUCCAAGAUCUUGAAAACUUUGUCAGACACAAAGAAUGUAGAAGUUAAUCCUGCAAAUAUUUUGCCGCUCUGUUCUAAUGGUCCUGGUGGAAACCAAACCAAAAUCACACCUUUAAAAGAUAAUGCUCUGGUCAUGUACAAUGGGAAGGUCUAUCUAUUGACCAAAAGAGGCUCUGAUGUACUGUCAACCCAGGAUGAAAAACAAACAUACUCUGAUGGUUUACUUAAAAAGGAGACACCCAAGCAAAUUGAUUCUACUGAAGUCAAUAAAAUAAGCAGUAAAGUGGUGAAUCUAGUGUUGUCAAAAAGCAAAGGAGUGGUGCUGUCUAAGAAAGACCUAAAACCAUGUAUAGUCUCCAAAAAUUCAUCACCAGUUGGCUUAAGAAAUGACUUAAAAUCCACACCUGCAGCUCUGCUGACAGCAAGUGCUAAUCAGCAGGAUCCCACUAUGAUCCAGAGACAGAGUUUGCCCUUCACCAAGAGCAUUUCUUGCAGUGGAGUGAUCCCAGUUCCAGCAGUAGGGAUGCAGGAAAGUGUGUGGCAAAAUGGCAAAGACAUGAGUCAUUCCCCAAGAGCAGCAGGGGCUAUGUUACCUCAGGCUAAGCAGGAAUGUGCUGUCAGUGAAGACUGGCCAAAGAUCCAGUGUGAAAAGAUGGAUUCACUGGGAAAGGUUACUCAAAUCAAACACCAAGAGCACCCACACUGGAGACAAUACUUGGAAUUAAGGAAAAAAUUUGGUCUCUUUAAGGAAGAGAGAGUUUACCUUAUGAGAAUACCAUUAAACGCCUUCUGUGAGAAUCCAGAAGAAAGGGUUUGUUCCACUGACAGCUUGGAAAGGAAAAAUGAUUCUUGCAGUUCAUCCUCAUUGGAUAUGGAAAUAAUGAGUCAUCGUCAGGAAUGUGUUAAAGAGGAAAAGAUCAUUGUGGAUCUGGAAGAGGAUUUGAUUAGGAAAAGGAGAACAAAAUCCUCACCUUUGUCAGACAGUGGCAAGAGGAGGAGAACUUCGAUCAAAUCAGCCACAAGUCCCGAUUUAGAAAUCACCAGCUCGAGUUCCAGUGCACUUAACAGGAGUGUUUCACCUCCACCAGCCUCACCACAGCCAAGUGUUCCCACUGGCUCUGUCGGAGUGUCCCAAGGGAGGGACUCGGAGCAGGACAUAUUCCCCCAGUACAGUAACACUACCCAUCCAGAGAUUUCUGUUUUAGUGACUUCUGUAGAGGGUACUUCCAUUCUGGAAGGCUCUUUCCGAGAUGAUGCUUUCCCUGUGGCUCCCCCGGACCUGGAUGAGACGAUAAGAGAUGAAAAAAUCAAGCGACUGAAGCAGCUGCUGCGGGAGCGGGAGGCAGCGCUGGAGGAAAUGCGCCGGGAAAUGCAGCAGAGCUGAGACACCUGCCCUGGGGAUCCCAGCCUCCUGCAUCACCUCUUCAUGACUUCAAUAGGAAAUCCCUUGCUUAAAUUAAUAUUUCUGGUAGAUGGAAGAACUAGAUGAAGUUUUUGUGUAUUUAGAGAACUGUAGGUCUUUGUUAAAUGCCAGAAAUAAGAGACUUGGACCAUCAAUUCUACUUCUGGGACAUGAUCCAAGAGCACGGACAAAGGGCAUUUUUACCAGCCUAUUUCCCAUAUUUUGAAUCGAGGGGGUUCUGUAUUAGUCUUAGCAAAUAAACUUUCCCCUUUCGAAUUCCAUGGCCUGGCUCUUAGAAUCCCAGUGCAAAUUGCAAACCCUAGUUGUAAAUACUUCUUUGUUUAUUUUUCUCAUGUGCAUGAGAACUUUGAUGAAUUCCUGAGAACUGUCAAUUUUCAGAAGAGGUCAACAGUCAGUGAUUAAUAAAUGUUAUUUAAAGGAUCUGGGAA